GCCUCCGUCGCUGGUGGUGGUGACGUCAAGAGAAUGCUGCUGGACAGGCGAAGGGUCUGACUGGCUUUUUUUGCGAUCGAAAAUCCUGACAGCGGCGGUGUUUUGGUGGGGAAACGCGGCGAUUUCCAGGCUACUGAAAUUUCAGCUUGCCCGUGUCUGACCGUAGUGACAGCAAGAUGCCUUUGGGUGACGACAGCAACACCUGGAAAAAGAAAACUUCAGAUAUUAAGGAAAAUUAUGACUUCAAAGAAGUUCUGGGCACGGGAGCCUUCUCAGAAGUCGUCCUGGCAGAGGAGAAAAGGACCCAGCGGCUGGUGGCUAUCAAGUGCAUCCCCAAGAAGGCCCUGGAGGGGAAAGAGAACAGCAUCGAGAACGAGAUCGCCGUCCUUCAUAAAAUAAAACACGCCAACAUUGUUUCCUUGGAGGACAUAUUUGAAAGCAAGUCUCAUCUCUACCUUGUCAUGCAGCUAGUAUCCGGUGGAGAACUCUUUGACAGGAUUGUGGAAAAGGGAUUCUACACGGAGAAAGACGCCAGUAAGCUGAUCCAGCAGAUUCUGGACGCCGUGAAGUACCUCCAUGAUAUGGGAAUCGUGCAUCGGGACCUGAAGCCAGAAAACUUGCUGUAUUACAGUAUGGAUGAGGACUCCAAGAUUAUGAUCAGUGAUUUUGGACUGUCCAAGAUCGAGGGCUCUGGUAGUGUCAUGUCAACUGCUUGUGGAACCCCUGGAUACGUUGCUCCAGAGGUUUUGGCCCAGAAGCCGUACAGCAAGGCAGUGGACUGCUGGUCCAUAGGAGUCAUCGCCUACAUCCUCUUAUGUGGUUAUCCUCCCUUCUAUGAUGAGAACGAUGCCAAGUUGUUCGAGCAGAUCCUGAAAGCGGAGUAUGAGUUCGACUCUCCUUACUGGGAUGACAUCUCAGACUCAGCUAAAGACUUCAUUGUGCACUUGAUGGAGAAAGACCCCAGAAAGCGCUACACAUGUGAACAGGCUCUGCAGCACCCUUGGAUUGCGGGUGACACUGCAUUGGACAAGAACAUUCACGAAUCUGUUAGUGCUCAGAUCAGGAAGAACUUUGCCAAAAGCAAGUGGAAGCAAGCAUUUAAUGCCACGGCAGUGGUCAGGCACAUGAGGAGGCUACAGCUGGGGACUAGCCAGGAGGGCCCCAGCCAGAACACGCCCACCAGCCCGUGCCACGGGGAUCUCCUGCUUCCUGAGGGGGACGAGGAGGAGAGCACCCCACACUGCGAUGGUGUGUGUGUCAGGACAGCAGAGGGCAGCGCUGAGCGAGACGGCCUUCACAACUGCACCUUUCGCUGCCAUCCUGCUAGUCGAGUCUGAGCAGAACCACGCCGCAAGGGCAAAAUGUUUCACUGGAGCCCAGAACCCCAGUCUGGCCAGGAAUACAGAGUUAUUCCAGCGGCCCCCACCAGGGAGCGCUGCUGUGUAAAGAAUCCAGGGUGGGGAGGGACACUAUGCCUACGAAGGGAAUCACUACGUGAAAGUUAACAUGAAGCGAGGUGGAGAGGAAUGCCCCAGAUGUAUUAUGGGUAACAUUGCAGCCAUCAGAGCAUUUGUCUUUUUUAUUAAGAAAUAACUCGUGUUCUUUUGUUUCUUAUUUCGUAUAUCUUUCAUUUUCAUUUAUCUCCUAGUAAAAAGAGAUAGCAGGCAGAAACACCAUAUGAGGCUCAUCCAAAACGUUAGUCUCCAGAGAAAAUUGUUGCCUCCGAAUUUGAAAACUUUCUCUUCAUGGGAAGGCCGCUAGUUAUCUUCCCUGUUAGAUAUGUGGCACAGGAUCAGCUAGCUGACUGCAAGGCCAGCUUACCAUUGGCUAGAUGCCAAGUCCACCCACAGUAUAGCUGGCAUCAAAUGAUUCACUAUGUCUUGUUUUUUUCCUACUUUUGUUGUUUUAAUUAUAUGUGUUUCAUUUUCAGCUGCCAUCAUAAUGUACAGCUAGCUGGUACAUCAACAUCAGGCCCCAGUUGAAAUUUACCAUAGAAAUGCGAUCUGGGAGUAGAGCUGUUAAAAGCGUGUCGAAGCAGGAAUGUCCUCCAGUGUCCAUUCCCUUCAGUGCCUUGGAAUUACAGCAUCAUCUGUUUGCUAACAGUUGUCAUUUUUAAGUUCCAGUCAAUAGUUAUGUCAUUUGCAUAGUCAAUCCAUGUAAUUUCAGUAAUGACUAUGUGUCUCAUCUAUCGAUUCAUGUAAGACAAAUGCCUUUUAAUUAUCAAAAUAUCUGCGAAGUUGUUAUUAGCAUUCGUAUAGUGUUAGCUUCCAGGGAGCUACUGCUAGUGCUGAAUGCGUCCUCUUGUCCCUUUGUUCCAAUCCCCAAAUAACUUACAAUAAUUUGUCAUAAUGUUCAAGUUUCUUUGUUUUUGACGACGAUGAUUGUCUUUUCUUUGACAGCCAGAGGUGCCCAUUCCAUACUGUGCUGUUCAUUCUUUCAUCCCAUAUUGACAUAAAAUCUUUGUAAAUCCACCCACUCAUUAAUGCUGAAAUUGAAAACUGCGCUGUUAAUGUGUUUUCAUAGUUUUCAUUGUCUUUCUAAGGUCUGUGGUUGCUGUGAGUACUAAUGCUAUCAGGGCAAACCUGGUUAUCAGACAGUACAUUGCGUUAAUUUUAAAAUAUUGGAGUUUUCCUCUUUUAUGCUUUAGUAAAGAUUUUAACAUUCCUCUUUUAGAAAGAAAGCAUAUGCAGGUAUUUCAUUAAUUGCAGAUAAUUCUGUGAAAGGUCAAAGUCUGACCAUUUUAAAGUAACAUUAUUUUUUUAAUACUCAUAUUAAAAACUUUUAUUAAAGACAUUUUACUAAAACUAUAGCAUUAGCAUUUAUCGUUUAAAAUAUACAGUAGUCUCCUUCCAUUCAUAUUUUUAUGUACCCUUGCAUAUGUACAGAAUGACUUGAAUUAAAGAAUGUAACUAAAUGA